GGACAGAGCCCGGACCGCCCGGCGGCGGAACGGUUUCCGCCGGGAGCGGCGCGCGGGGGACCGGAAUUGGGAGCGGAAGUGCAGCGCGGUCGAUGGUGCACUGCGCCCUCAGCCCGCCAAGUCCGAACCGGUUGGCUGCGGAGGACGCGGUGGCGGUGCCUCGGCCGACCUGGGGCCAAGAUGCCCAAGAUAACCCUGAACGGUGUGACAGUGGACUUCCCUUUCCAGCCAUACAGAUGCCAAGAGGACUACAUGGCCAAAGUCCUGGAGUGUCUGCAGAAGAAAGUGAACGGCGUCCUGGAGAGCCCCACGGGCACGGGGAAGACCCUUUGCCUCCUCUGCACCACACUGGCCUGGCGGGAGCACCUUCGUGAUGCCAUCUCUGCCCAAAAGAUUGCUGAGAGGGCACAAGGGGCACUGUUCCCUGAUGGCGCCUCGUCCUCCUGGGGGAAUGCUGCUUCAGAUGGGGAUGGCACAGCUUGCUACAUGGAUAUCCCAAAGAUCAUUUAUGCCUCCAGGACCCACUCACAGCUCACGCAAGUCAUCAGCGAGCUUCGGAACACCUCCUACCGCCCCAGGGUGUGUGUGCUGGGUUCCCGGGAGCAGCUGUGUAUCGACCCUGAGGUGAAGAAGCAGGAGAGGAACCACAUGCAGAUCCACUUGUGCCGAAAAAAGGUGGCAAGUCGCUCCUGUCAUUUCUACAAUAACACAGAAGAGAAGAGCCUGGAACAGGAGCUGGGUACCCCCAUCCUGGAUAUCGAGGAUCUGGUCAAGAGUGGGAACAGGCACAAGCUGUGCCCCUACUACCUCUCUCGGAACCUGAGGCAGCAGGCCGACAUUAUCUUUAUGCCGUACAACUACUUGCUGGAUGCCAAGAGUCGCCGGGCACACAGCAUCGACCUGAAGGGGACCGUUGUGAUCUUCGAUGAAGCUCACAAUGUGGAGAAGAUGUGCGAGGAGGCGGCGUCGUUUGACCUGACCCCCCACGACGUGGCAUCUGGAUUGGCUGUCAUAGACCAGGUUUUGGAGGAGCAGACGAGGCUGGCGCAGCAGGGUGAGCUCCGCUUGGACUGCAGCAUGGACCCCACCAACGCAGGGCUGAACAUGGAGCUGGAAGACAUCGCAAAGCUGAAGAUGAUCCUGCUGCGCCUGGAGGGGGCCAUCGACGCUGUCGAGCUGCCUGGAGACAAGAGUGGCGUCACCAAGCCUGGCAGCUACAUCUUUGAGCUGUUCGCCGAAGCCCAGAUAACGUGUCAGACCAAGGGCUGCAUCCUGGACUCCCUGGACCAGAUCAUCCAGCACCUGGCAGGACGUACAGGGCUGUUCAACAACACAGCGGGACUGCAGAAGCUUGCGGAUAUCAUCCAGAUUGUGUUCAGUGUGGACCCUGCCGAGGGAGGCCCUGGUGCCAUGGUGGGAACUGGGGUUUCUCAGUCCUACAAGGUACAUAUCCACCCUGAUGCUGGUCACCGGAAGACAGCUCAGCAGUCGGACACCUGGAGCACCCCAGCAGCCAGAAAACAAGGGAAGGUGCUGAGUUACUGGUGCUUCAGUCCCGGCCUCAGCAUGCGUGAGCUGGCCCGUCAGGGCGUCCGCUGCCUCAUCCUCACCAGCGGCACGCUGGCCCCUGUGACCUCCUUUGCCCUGGAGAUGCAAAUCCCUUUCCAAGUCUGCCUAGAGAACCCACAUGUCAUCAACAAGCACCAGAUCUGGGUGGGCAUCGUCCCCAAAGGUCCAGACGGAGCCCAGCUCAGCUCUGCCUUUGACAAACGGUUCUCCGACACAUGCUUGUCCUCCCUGGGGAAGGCGCUAGGCAACAUCGCCCGCGUGGUCCCCCACGGGCUCCUGGUCUUCUUCCCGUCCUACCCCGUCAUGGAGAAAAGCCUGGAGUUCUGGCGGGCCCACGACUUUGCCAGGAAGCUGGAAGCUCUGAAGCCUCUGUUUGUGGAGCCAAGGGGCAAAGGCGGCUUCUCGGAGGUAAUGGAUGCCUACUACACGAGAGUCUCCUCGCCUGGGUCCACCGGGGCCACCUUCCUGGCUGUGUGCCGGGGGAAGGCCAGUGAGGGGCUGGACUUCGCAGACAGGAAUGGCCGUGGUGUGAUCGUCACAGGCCUUCCAUACCCACCACGCAUGGACCCCCGGGUGCUCCUCAAGAUGCAGUUCCUAGAUGAGCUGAAGGGCUGCAGCGGGGCCAGGGGCCAGUUCCUCUCUGGGCACGACUGGUACCGGCAGCAGGCGUCCAGGGCUGUGAACCAGGCCAUCGGGCGGGUGAUCCGGCAUCGGCAUGACUACGGGGCUGUCUUCCUCUGUGACCACAGGUUCACCUGUGUGGAUGCCAGAGCCCAGCUGCCCUCCUGGCUGCGCCCCCAUGUCAAGGUCUACGGCAGCUUUGGCCACGUUGUCCGAGACGUGGCCCAGUUCUUCCGAGUCGCUCAGAAAACUGAAAGCCAAGAGCCUAGAUGUGCACAUCCCCAGCCUGAGGAGGGGACCCACAGGCAGGCUUCGCUGCCCACACACCUGUUCUCUCAGGACCGCCGGCCACCGGGGAUGCUGAGGGCAGCCUGUGUGUGGAGUAUGAGCAGGGGCCAGUCCACACCCAGCGGGGGCCUGUGGGGUUGCUGGCUGCCCUGGAGCACAGUGAACAGCUGGCGGACAGGCCCAGGGACGAGGCCCUCCCCCCGGAUGAGGAGGGGCGGUCGGGGGGUUGAGCACAAAACCUGGCGAUGCUGUGUGCCGCCUCGGCGUGGCUCCUGGGCCUCAGCUGCUCCCCUGCAUGCUCUCUGGGCAGUCAGGGCACAACGCUGCUCCACUCUGUCCCUUCCGUGUGAGAAGAGGCCGGUGGGCGAGCAGAGAAGCAGGAGGAGGAUCAGGCUGGUCAGCGGCCCGCAGGAGGGGCCAGCAACUGGAGCGCAGGCGGGCAGGGCCAAGCUGUUCAUGGUGGCUGUGAAGCAGGCGCUGAGCCAGGCCGACUUCGACACCUUCGCCCAGGCCCUGCAGGGCUACAAGGGCUCUGACGACUUUGCGGCCCUGGUGACUGGCCUCCGCUGCCUCUUUGCUGAGGACCCCAAGAGGCACAGACUGCUCCAAGGCUUCUACCAGUUUGUGCGGCCUCACCACAAGCAGCAGUUUGAGGAAGUCUGCCUGCAGCUGACAGGCCAUGGCUGCGGCUUCCAACCUGAGCACAGCCUUCCCAGGAGGCAGUGGACACAGCCAGCCCUGGAGCCCAGUGGUGAGCAGGGCCCCACCCCAGGGAGCACUCCAGACGCUUGGGAACCAACUGGUGGCUCCUCGUGUCUCCGAGUUUCUUCAGGAAGGAGGCAGACAGAUGCCAAGCUAACCCUGUCCCGGGGCGCAGCCAGGCAGCUGGACCCAGGAGAGCACCUGAAUCAAGGCCAGCCCCACCUGGCCUCUGGGCCGCACCCCACAGGAGACCCCAGCGACUGUCCCCAGGAGGGGCCCAGAGCCAGCAGAGCAGAGAAGCAGGGCCAGCCUGCCGUGAGUGCCUAUCUGGCUGAUGUCCGCAGGGCCCUUGGGUCCUCAGGCCGCAGCCAGCUGCUCGCAGCACUGACUGCCUACAGACGUGACGACGACUUCGAGAAGGCCAUGGCUGUGGUGGCCGCACUCACCACAGCGAGGCCUGAGGACCUGUCCCUGCUGCAGAGGUUUGGCAUGUUUGUGCGUCCAUGCCACAAGCCACAAUUCCGACAGAUCUGCAAGGACCUGAUGGGCCUGGCUGCCCCCGGACCUGGGGGGCCAGGAUCCCGGGAGCGGAGUCCCACCUCGCCUCCAGAUCUCUCCCAUGGGGCUUCUGGGCCUGGUAGGGUGGCCUGCCCUGUCACGCCCAGAGCCCCACUUGGUUGGCCCUGGAAGGGGUGGGUAGCCAGAGAAGCACCGGUGCCCCUUGGACUCCUUCCUCUGUCUCCAGGCUCCUCACAGCCUGGCAAGACCCAGCGCAAGAUCACCUCCUUCCUUAGUCCGAGGCUGGCCGGGGCUGCCCUGCAGCAGCCACAGCCCCAGUCGGCACAUGCGGCGUGUCCUGGCUGCGGGGCAGAGGACACAGUCCCUUUCCAGUGCCCCUCCUGCAGCUUCCACCGCUGCCGGGCCUGCUGGCGACGGUGCCUCCAGGCCUCUAGGACAUGCCCAGCCUGCCAAGCUGCUGCCAGGAAGCAGAGUGUCAUGCAGGUCUUCUGGCCAGAGCCCCAGUGACCAGGAGGGCCUUGGCACCCAGGUCUGGUGCAGCUGGGACACCGUUGCCUGGGGGCUGGUCGGGCGCAGCGUCGGCAACCCCUUGGCCGAGCCCAUCUGACGGGGACGUCUGUCCAGCGCCUGGGGACACCCCUGGGCUGGCCUGUGAGAAGCCACCUUGAGUCUGGGGUGGGUUGGCUAGAAGGUGCUUCCCCAGAACUUUCUCUAGCUGGUGGCUUAUGGAUAGAGUCCUAGAGGCUUCACAGCCGGGUCCAGGACCCCACUGCUGGGAAGGAGGGAGAACCCUCUGCUGCCUCCCGUCGGGGACUUCCUUGGGGAGCUGUGCGUGGUCAGUGAUCCUGCUUUAAUAAAGCUGCUGGCACGA